UGCACAGGAAGAAGACUGACGCAUGCUCCAUAGGGGAAGACAGAGGAGGAGGAAGUGAUCUCAUUGCAGAUCGCAGAUUCGGUUCCCCCCCAAUUCCUGAAUUUCACUUGAGAAACCCUAAUUAUUGUACAAGAAACCCUGAUUACCAUCACCACAAUAUCUAAUUCUCCAUCCCACUCCAAUCCACUACAUUUAAGUUGCAGCCAUGUCUCUGAACAUGAAAACCCUAACCCAAGCUCUGGCUAAAACAGCAGCUGUGAUUGAGAAGACGGUUCAAACUACGGUUCAGGAGGUCACUGGACCCAAGGCUCUUCAAGACUAUGAGCUCUUAGACCAGGUGGGAUCAGGUGGCCAUGGCCAUGUAUGGAAGCUUUAUUCAGCUCGACCUAGAACCAAGACCUUGCAAUCUCAGUACCCUCUGGUUUGUAUAUGGCUUCUUGAUAAGAAAGCAGUUUCAGAGGCUAGAAUUCGAGCUGGGCUUUCAAAGGCUGCAGAAGAUGCGUUCAUGGAGCUGGUUAAGGCUGACGCGUCUAGGCUUGUGAGGUUGAGGCACCCUGGUGUUGUUCAUGUGGUUCAGGGGCUUGAUGAGACGAAGAAUUCCAUGGCUAUGGUGACUGAGCCCAUCUUUGCUUCAGUGGCUAAUGUGCUAGGGGUGUUUGAUAACAUUGGGAGUGUGCCCAAGGAGCUCAAGGGCUUGGAAAUGGGUGUCUUAGAGAUUAAACAUGGGUUACUUCAAAUUACGGAGUCCAUAGAUUUUCUCCACAAUAAUGCAAGGCUUAUUCACCGGGCCAUAUCCCCUGAGGCAGUCUUUAUCACUUCUAAUGGAGCUUGGAAACUUGGUGCAUUUGGUUUCACGAUUCCUGCAGAUCAGAACCCAGGUGAUUUGUCGACAGUCCAGCCCUUCCAUUACCCGGAAUAUGAUGUUGAUGAUUUGGUGAUGCCGCUUCAACCAUCUCUAGAUUAUAGUGCCCCAGAGCUAGUGCGGAGUCAAGCAGGCUUAGCUGGUUGCCUUUCUGACAUAUUCAGUCUAGGAUGUCUUAUAUACCAUUUGCUUGUUCGGAAACCUCUUCUUGAUUGUAAGAACAAUGUUCGGAUGUAUACAAAUAAACUAACAUACCUCUUGCAUGAGUCAUUUUCAAAUAUCUCCUCGGAUUUAGUGAAUGAUUUACGACGGAUGCUUUCGGUGGAUGAGGCUUCCCGACCGAGUGCCUUGGAUUUUACAGGUUCUCCAUUCUUUAGGGAUGAUACUAGGUUGCGUGCUCUUCGUUUCCUGGACCAUAUGCUUGAGAGGGACAAUAUGCAAAAGUCAGAUUUCUUGAAAGCACUAUCAGGGAUGUGGAAGGAUUUUGAUUCUCGUGUUUUGCGGUAUAAGGUACUUCCUCCUCUUUGUUCAGAGCUUCGCAACAUAGUCAUGCAGCCAAUGAUCUUACCCAUGGUUCUUACAAUUGCUGAAUCUCAGGAUAAAAAUGAUUUUGAGAAUUCAACCUUACCUGCAUUAGUACCUGUGUUGAGUUCUGCAGCUGGGGAGACCCUUCUACUGCUAGUGAAGCAUGCCGAGUUGAUUAUUAGCAAGACUGGUCACGAGCAUUUAGUCACUCAUGUCCUUCCUCUGCUUGUUCGGGCAUAUGAUGAUACUGAUGCACGUAUACAAGAGGAGGUUUUGCGUCGGACGAUUUCCCUUGCAAAGCAACUGGAUGUUCAGCUAGUUAAGCAAGCUAUUCUUCCUCGCCUGCAUGGAUUGGCUCUUAAGACUACUGUUGCAGCGGUAAGGGUAAAUGCAUUGCUCUGCCUUGGAGAUCUGGUUCACUUGCUUGACAAGCCUGCCACUGUAGGCAUUUUGCAAACAUUGCAACGAUGCACAGCUGUUGAUCGCUCUGCACCCACUCUUAUGUGUACACUGGGGGUUACAAAUUCUAUCUAUAAGAAGUAUGGUAUAGAUUUUGCGGCAGAACACAUUCUUCCACUACUCAUACCACUGCUCCUUGCUCAACAAUUGAAUGUUCAGCAGUUUGCCAAGUACAUGCUCUUUGUGAAAGACAUCCUAAGGAAGAUUGAAGAGCAGCGAGGUGUAGCAGUAACAGAGCUUGGAGUAUCACAAAUGGGCGCAAAAACAUUUGCAGCUAAUGGUUCACUAGCACAACCCAUCGAAACAAAACCCAACACUGACAACUCUUCCUCAAUUAAGUUGGGCAGCUCAGCAUGGGAUGAAGACUGGCCCUCAAUAGUUAAGGGUCCCUCUGCAUCCCAGCCUCCUCAAAUCAAUAACCCAUCUUUUAACUCUAGACCGUUGACGCCAACCCCUUGGCCAUCUAUGCCUACACCCCCAAAUACUCAGAACUCCCCAUCCUGCCCGCCUGUGGACAUAGAAUGGCCUCCAUCCACCGCUUCUACUAGUUAUGAAUUUUCAACUAGUGAGAGUGAGAAACCAAAGACGAACCCAACUGGUGCCUUAGAUAAUCAUACCCUGGAAGACUUAGAUCCUUUUGCCAACUGGCCUCCUCCAAGGAGUUCCAGCCAAAAACAGGGUCUUGGGACUUCCAAUGUGAAAGGCAUAACCUUUGCCACAAGCAACACUAUUGGGUUCCCCAAAGAGAAUCAGGGGAGCUUAGGCAAUAUGCCUAUGAAUACUGACAGUUAUUUGGGCCUUCCAUACAAGAAUCAGGGGGCUGUGUUUGAUAUUGGUGGUUCAAACAAUUUUGUUGGUUCUUUUGCUGAUAAGAAGGAAGCAGAUGUUGGAUCAAUAUUCGUAUCACCAAAGAAUGAGCAGACCCCAUUGAGAAUUGCCCCUCCACCUCCAUCUGGUAAGGGAAGAGGAAGGGGAAGAAGUCAAGUUUCAGUGCCGUCGAGGCCAAGACAUACACAAAGUCCUACUGAGCAGCCCUCGCUAAUGGAUUUGCUUUAGUGGGUCCGACUCAUUUGUGAAUUAUCAGAAGUGCGCCGUUGUAGAUUUGCUGGACUCGGUCAUAUGGAUUUUCUAUCAUAUUAUCAAGGCUGGAAUCGCGAGUUUUCAAUCCAAUUUAUUUUUUUAAUUUUUAUUUGUUUCUGCGGCCAGUGGCUUUCGCUGAGGGUUAGGUUUGAAUUCAUAAUGGUAGAGUGAUGAUAUAGCACGCUUUGACUGUUACAUGGGAUUUGUCAGUUCUAAGUUUGGAUUGUUAGUUCUAGGUUUCUUUUUAAUUGUGUAUUAUUUUUCUUUUUCUUUUUUUAUCUUCGUUUUUUUUUUUUGUAUCAAUAUGAGUUUGGUAUUCUUUGAAACAAGUAUUGGCUCCUCAACUGAACCGAGGCGUAAUAAAAUCCCGAGUUGUGAUCGACUA